CGCGCCUCCCGCUCCGCCGCCCGCACGGCCCGGCCCGGCAUGGAGCGGCGCUGAGAGCCCGAGGCAGCCAGCCCGAAGCCGCCUUUGUGCCACUCUCGGGGCGAGGAUUAUCCCCACCGUCCCUGGGAUGGAGGACGCCGGCGUCCAGCGGGGAAUAUGGGACGGGGAUGCCAAGACGGUCCAGCAGUGCUUGACUGACAUUUUUACCAGCGUUUACACCACCUGCGACAUCCCGGAAAAUGCCAUUUUCGGCCCCUGCGUCCUGAGCCACACGUCCCUGUAUGACAGCAUCGCCUUUAUCGCCCUCAAGUCCACCGACAAGCGCACCGUCCCCUACAUAUUCCGGGUGGACACGUCGGCGGCCAAUGGCUCGUCGGAGGGGCUGAUGUGGCUGCGGCUGGUGCAGUCGGCGCGGGAGCGGGAGGAGCAGAACCUGGAGGCCUACAUCAAGAGCGGGCAGCUCUUUUACCGCUCCCUACGCCGCAUCGCCAAGGACGAGGAGCUGCUGGUGUGGUACGGGAAGGAGCUCACCGAGCUGCUGCUGCUCGGCCCGGCCCGGGCCCCCGCCCGCACCAACGGCUCGCCGCCCUUCGCCUGCCCCGAGUGCAGCCAGCGCUUCCAGUUCGAACUGCCCUUCGCCGCACACCUCCGGUUCCGCUGCCCCAAGAGGCUGCACGGCCCCGACAUCGGUCCCGCCGCCGAGGCCGCCGCCGCCAAGGACGGCUCCGGCAAGGAGCAGGAGCCCGGCAAGUUCGGCAAGCCCGGCGGGCCGCCGCACCACCCCUUCCCCGGGCCCGACGGCGGCCCCGCCGCCAGCACCAAGCCCUCCACGGACUUCCACAACCUGGCGCGGGAGCUGGAGAACUCCCGCGGCGGGCGCGCCGGCUCCCCGGGGCGGCCGGCGCCCCCCGAGGGCGGCCUCGAGGCGGCGGCCGGGAAGGCGAAGCGGCGCUUCCCCGAGGAGGAGGAGCGCGGGCCCGGCGCGGCGCGGGGCCGCUUCCCGGCGGAGCGGCCGGGGCUGCCGGCGGCGCCCAAGGAGGAGCCGGGCUGCGCCCCGCAGCAGCAGUACCGCGCCGCCGGCUCCUACUGCGGGCUGGAGGAGGGCGGGCGCCUCUUCGCGCCGCCCAGCCCGGAGACCGGCGAGGCCAAGCGCAGCGCCUUCGUGGAGGUGAAGAAGGCGGCCCGCGGCCCCGAGCCCGACGGCGGCCCCGAGGAGGGCCCGGAGCGCGGCUCCCCGGGCGCGGGCGGCGCGGAGCCGGGGCUGUGUCCCCGCGGCGGUGCCAGCGGCGCCGGCUGCCGUGGGGUUUGGGGUCUGCACGGGUACACGGACCUGCUGCAAAGCCUUUACAGUCCUGGGAAGCGCCUGGGGCCUCACGUAGGGCAGCCUAGCGAAGUCCCGGCCGCGGGCAGCCCAGCCUCCCGCUGA